AGGGAAAAAGCAGUUGAAGAAAACAAGGACACUGUCUCCAGAAGCAGUCAGGUGUCUACUCUGCAUGUCCCUUCCAAAGAGCUGGUCUGUUGGAGCCAAUGAGAUUAACCCGGAAAAUCUUCAGGAUCACAUAAUCAAGCUCAAAUAGAAGAGCACCCAAGAACUAAAGAGAAAAGACCUCAUUCCGCAGCCCUAUCGGAUUCGGGUUUGGAUUUACCGCCUCAAUGGCUCGAAUCUCAUUUUUGCCUGUACUGACCAUAUGCCUGGCUAACUUCGGCCUAAGGGUCCGGGGUCAGACCCCCAGGGAAUUCCAGAAAGCCCCUGGCCCCUGGGAAGCGCCGAGCCAAAGGUUGGCUCUCGGUUCAGUCCGGCUGGGCUCCUUGGGGCCCUCCGAAGACUCCUCCAACCAAUCUCGCGACCUCGCUGGGAGGGUCUCGCCACCACAAAGCGCCCUGCCCGCCCUCUGUGAGAAACCCACGGAGAUCAGGCAGAUCUUCAAGUACAUCAACACCAUCGUGUCCUGCGCCAUCUUUCUGGUGGGCAUCGUUGGCAACACCACCUUGUUGAGGAUCAUUUACAAAAACAAAUGCAUGAGGAACAGUCCCAACGUCCUCAUUGGCAGUCUGGCCCUUGGUGACCUGCUCUACAUCCUCAUCGCACUACCCAUUAACGUCUACAAGCUGCUGGCAGAACACUGGCCAUUUGGAGUUCAGAUGUGUAAGAUGAUCCCUUUCAUUCAGAAGGCUUCUGUGGGAAUUACCGUCCUCAGCCUAUGCGCGCUCAGUAUUGACAGGUACAGAGCGGUGGCCUCGUGGAGCCGGAUUCAGGGCAUCGGGAUCCCUGCGUGGAAGGCAGUAGAAGUGACACUCAUCUGGGCCACUGCCAUCGUCCUCGCUAUCCCGGAAGCCAUCUCCUUUGACUUGGUGGUGCUGAACUACCGGGAGCGGAAGCACUGGGUCUGCAUGCUUUCCUCUCAGCAGAAAUCCAGCUUCAUGAACUUCUAUAAGGAUAUGAAAGACUGGUGGCUCUUUGGCUUCUAUUUCUGCCUGCCCCUCGCUUGCACUGGAGUCUUUUACACCCUGAUGUCCUGUGAGAUGCUGAGCAAGAGGAACGGAAUGCGCAUAGCCCUCAACGACCACAUGAAAAGGCGCAGAGAGGUGGCCAAAACAGUGUUCUGUCUGGUGGUGAUCUUCGCGCUCUGCUGGCUGCCGCUCCACCUAAGCCGGAUCCUGAAGAGAACCAUUUAUGACCCCAGCGACCCCAACAGAUGUGACCUGCUUAGUUUUCUGCUGGUGUUGGACUACUUUGGCAUUAAUAUGGCCUCCCUCAACUCUUGUAUCAAUCCUGUGGCGCUCUACUUUGUCAGCAGGAAGUUCAAGAAUUGCUUCCAGUCGUGCCUAUGCUGCUGGUGUCAGAGGCCAGAGCUGAACGUCAGCCCCGUGGACGAGAAAGGUUCCGGGGCCAGAUGGAAAGCCCACGGCCGGGACCUGGGUCUGGACCGAAGCAGUUCCCGCUUAAGCAAUAAGUACAGCUCCGCCUAAGACCUACAAGCAUAUUAAAGAGAGCCAGGGACAGGACAGAGGGAAGGGGAAAGACGAGCUGAAAGAAUGAGCCGUGGAGCAGCCUUCUUGAGAUGACUGGCGGCAGUCAUUCCGGCCUGGACUCAUUUUCACCCAGUUGGAGAGGAGACAUCAGAAAUCGGCGUGUGUCGUCGCUUCCAUUCUCGCUUCUCCCUUUGGAGGGUCCGAAACGCAAGCAUAGAAUUUGUUUUUGGUGUCCCUUAUAAUCUGUAUUAUCGUUGGAUGGCCUGUUCAGUUUUUUUUUUUUCCUUUUUUAUUGUAUCUCUGAGCUCAGUGGCAGGGAAUCAACUGAAUGGGAUUCCGUUCCCUCUGGUAAAUGUCUGAACAGCCACUCUAGAAAGAUUUGGCCCCUUCACUCUGGCUUCCUUAGGGGAAAUCUGGGGCAACAGAACAGUUUAAAUGACUUGCCAAGCUCAAGCAGUGAGGGGCAUUAAAAUCACAGCUGCUUCACUGCCUGUUUUUAGCUUUGCCCAUCAAAGAAAAUGCUGUUCGCAGGUUAUGGUGGACUGGAAAUUCAGCCAAAGUUCCACUAGGGCCUUGCUUAAUCCUCUUUUCAGAACAAGACUAAGCUACAAUCAUUUAUCCUAACAGCAUAACUAUCUCACCUAUAGCAUUGUAAACAUGUGUAUGUAAUGAGUUGCCUCUGGGCAAUUACAUGGUCAGUAUUAAUAAGCUCAAAAUGUCAAGGCCUGGGUCUCCCUUAGCUUUUAAGGCGAAGUCCUUUCCCAAAUGGUCUCUAAAUGUUUUUUACCCUCAGAUUGAGUUUUAAAUUACUUUUAAAUUUUCAAUCUUGCAGAACUGACUUCCUGAAAAGACCUAACUCGUCACUAACUCUGCUUGCUUAUGAGAGACAAGGUGAAUAUCCCAGCUAGACUACGGGGCCCUUGUUGGCAGGGAACAUGUCUACGAACUCUAGUGUAUGCUACUAAGCAUUAGUCGUGUGUUCUGCACACAGUAAGAACUCAGUAAAUACCACUGAAUGAUUAAUCAAGAUCGGGUUCAUAUAACCGCUGGAUGAAGCAGGAACAUGUGUGAGUUGGAGGAAAUUCAGUAGUAGCAGUUGUGUGGUAUUUGUUAAGCACAUAAUAGGUGCCAUGAACUGAAUUAAUCAGGUCAAAAAUAGUCCCUGUUCCACAUGAGGCUCACAGUCUUAAGUGGGAGAAUGGGUAUUGACUCUUCCUUUUACAGAUGAGGA